AUAUGUAUGGGGUGGCGGAAAUCGGGAUCUGAUCCUCCAGCUCCCCUGCUUGGAGGAGUUCAGACCUUGACUGACCUUUCCCAGGUGAUCGAGGAGAUGCAGCGCCAGAUGGAGCGGCAGAACCAGGACAGCCUGGAGCAGAAAAGUAUCACCGGUAGCUUGCAUUCCGAGGUCGGCUGCCUCAGGCGCAGGAUCGCGGAGCGAGACUGCGACGUGGCCAGCGCUGCCAGCACCUCCGACGACUGGGCCCGCGCGGACGCGCUGGAGCUGGAUAACCGCGAGGUCGGCGAGCCUCGGCACCUCACCUCGGAAGAGACGCAGGCAAUCCCCGUGCUGAACGGGCUCGCUUCAUCUGAGCUGUUGAAGUGCGAGGGCAAUGGCAGCGCCGAGCACCUAAUGCCGAGCCUCAAGCCAGGCGCGCUUGAACACUCGCCAAGACGAGCACCCGCGCCAUGCCGAGCACCAGGCCCGAGCCUCGAGGCGCCCCCCACGCCGACCCCCUCGGCUAGCGUCGCGUUUCGCGCCCACAAGCAGGGGAAGCGUGCCAGGACAUCGGCGCAGCACCUUUUCCUGGCCGCGCGACAUGCGACAUCGAACUUGCAAGCUGGCGCAAAUGUAUAGCAUUGCCUUGGACGCUGCAGCCUGGCACGCCUUCUACCACGGCACUGCGCCUCCCGUGCCGUCUGCGGCGCUCGGGCCCCCAGCCGCUCAGCCCGCUCGCGUGGGCUCGGGCGAGCGGGCGCUGUUUGUGUGAAGGUAUACGUGUGUGCACGUUCCCGAGGUGCUAAUGUGGCAGGCUUCCUGGACAGUUCUCAUGGCGCCUCGCCCCAUAUCAGUCCAAAAGAUAUGUGACCGAAACCAAGAUAUGUGACAGAAAUCGCGCGCAAAACUGUGUCC